AUGAGUUCGAUCAACGUCAAAAAGCUAAAAGUAAACGAGUUGAAGGACGAGCUAAAAAAGCGUGGCCUCUCCGACAAGGGACUAAAGGCCGACCUGAUGGACCGCCUGCAAACCGCCUUAGAAGAGGAGGCCGCGGCCGAGGAGCAAGAGGCCGCCGAGGAUGAGGGUCUUGAGCAGGCCGCCGAGAAUGAGUGCAUGGGGGAAGAAGAGAUGGAAGCUGGUCCUGGAGACGAAAGCAUGGAAGCUAACGAGCAGGAAGCCGAGGGAGAACAGAACGGGGCUAGCGGCGACGUCGCUGUGGCCGCCGCCGAGGACGAAGAGAUGGGAGACGGGGAAGAGGACGACGACAUGGAUCCAAUGCUCAAACCGGACGUGGAUGACAUGGAGAAAAUAGAGGAAGACGACGAUGAGUUAGAGGAGCAGGCAGCCGAGGGGGAUGCGGACAAAGACACGAAUGCUGAUCAGAAGAAUAAGAAGGGUGUUAAGAGACGCCGGGAGGAACAUGGAAGGGGCUACUUUGAAUUUAUUGAAGAGAACAAAUACAGCUGGGCUUCAUUUAAGUCACCCGUGCCCCCCUUGGAGGAAGAAGAUGAAGAGUUCGAUGACACCAAGGUCUGCUUGGACAACUACAACUGCGACCUGCACUUUAAGGUGUCGCGGGACCGCUUCAGUGCCUCGUCGCUCACAAUGGAGAGUUUUGCUUACCUCUGGUCUGGAGGCAAGGCCACAUAUGGGGUGAAGAAAGGCAAAGUCUGCUUUGAAAUGAAGAUCACAGAAAAGAUUCCAGUGAAGCACAUCUCCAGUAAGAACAUGGAAAUCCAUGACGUUCAAGUUGGCUGGUCGCUCUCUUCUUCAUCACUGCUGCUGGGUGAUGGCAUCCAUUCCUAUGCAUACUCUGGCAAGGGGAAGAAGACAACAAAUGCAAUAGUGGAGGACUUUGGUGAAACUUUCAGUGAGAACGACGUCAUCUGCUGCCUAGCUGACUUGGAUGGGGCUGAAAUGGUUUUAUCCUACUCCAAGAACGGUGGGGAGCCAGCAGAAGCGUUCCGUGUGAGCAAAGACGAGCUGAACGGCCAGGCUCUUUUCCCUCAUGUCAUGUGCCACAACUGCGCCGUGGAAUUUAACUUCGGUCAGAUGGAGACUCCAUACUUCCCAGCACCUGCGGGGUUCACCUUCAUUCAGCAAGUUCCCGUGAAUGAGCGUGUCCGUGGGCCCCGCGGGCCGCAGACUAAGGCAGACUGUGAGAUCAUAGUGAUGGUAGGUCUACCAGGCUCGGGUAAGACAACAUGGGUGAAGAACCACGUCCAGGAGAAUCCUGGGAAAUACUACAUCCUGGGAAGUGAUACAAUCGUGGAAAAAAUGAUGAUAAACUCUCCGAAUCGGCAACCGAAAGAGUACAACAAACUGCUUGCCAUUUCCCAGCGUGCACCUCUUUUCUUGGGAAAGUUCAUUGAGAUUGCUGCCCGCAAGAAAAGAAACUACAUCCUGGAUCAUACUAACUUGUCUGCCCCUGGCCAGAAGAGGAAGAUGUGUUUGUUUGCUGGUUUCCAGCGCAAAGCUGUAGUAGUAUUCCCAUCUGAGGAUGACUAUAAGGAAAGAGUCCAGAAGAAGGUCAUGUGUGACGGCAAAGAAGUUCCUGAACAUGCUCUUCUCAAAAUGAAAGGCUUCUAUUCUUUCCCCGUGGAGGGCGAGAGCUUCAACGAGGUGCUCUUCGCCGAGCUGCCGAGAGACGACGCCGGCAAAAUACUGGAAACGUACAAAGAGGAAAGCAAGACGGCCCUGCCUGCCGAGAAGAAGCCCAACCAGGGAAGCACGACACCCAAGCGAGGCGGCGGGAACCGCGGAGGCGGUCGCGGAGGGAAGAACCAAUUUGGCCGCAACAGCGGACCCCCACAGAGAGGCGGCGGCGGUCGCGGGGGCUUCCAGAACCGUGGGAACUUCAGAGGAGGCCCAAACCACCGUGGUGGCUUUAACCGCCCACCUCGGGCAUACCCGCAACACCCUGCCUUCAGAGGGGGUUACAACAACCGCGGCAACUUCAACCGCAGCGGCGGUCACGGCCCCGGCAUGGGCGGAUCCCCCAGAGGCAGCCCCAUGAGGGGUAACAUGGGGCACAGAGGCAGACAUAUGAAUAGAGGUGGCCCAAUGAACAGAGGCAACAUGAACAGAGGUGGCGGCAUGAAUCGCGGUGGAAACCGAGGACAUCACAACCAGGGUUUUCAACAGAGAGGCGGCGGCCGAGGAAACUACGGCAACAAGAACGGCAAUUUUGGCAACAACAGGAACAGCGGCGGUUUUGGGAAUAGGAACGGCAUGGACAAGGCGCAGGCCUUCAACCAGAGCUGGCAGCAAGGGUUCUGGAACCAGAAGCCAUGGGGCCAGCAGUAUCAGCCCAGCUAUUACUAA